AUGGCGCUGAAGCUGCGGCGCCGUGCGGUGUGCGCCCUGGCGCUCCUCGCGCUGCUCUGCGCCCCCUCCGUCUGCGGCACGGCGACGAAUACGGAGGCGGCUGCGGCUGAUGUGAAUGUGUCGGUGGAGGUACCGUGUGCGGGUGACGGGCAAAAUGUCAGUUGGCGUUUUCCUGGCGAGAGUGGUUGGACACCGUGUGCGGCCGCCACGGAAGGUUCUUUGGGCAUAACUUCGACGGAAGGAAUUCUCACUGAAUCGCUUUGUCACUGGGCUCGAGAGGAGGCCUCGAAGACCGAUUGUACGACCCGCUGUGCUCCAUCCUCGUCAGGGAGCACCGCUGCCGUGUGCACGAUGAACUACCCGUUGGAUCCCGGGAGUGAACUCCAUAAGCGGUGGCAGAGGGCAAAAAAAGCCCCUGAAGCCUCGUCUUCUCCUGAAGACAGAGGUGCAGCGGGCACUCGGACAGGCAACGCUGCAACAGACGGUGGGAAGGCGCCGGGUGAGUCCUCGGCAGCAGCGGGGGGGCGAGCGGGUGGCAGUGCAGCUUCACCGACGGGCGCAGCCUCAGCUUCUCAGGGCCGAUCUGGCACGCCCAACUCCAGACCUUCCGCCGGCGGCAGUGAUGGAUCCACCGCUACAACGACCACCCGCAGCCCGAGUGCUGGGAGCCACGCGAAAACCAACGCGGACAGCAGUAACAUCUCCACUCCGUUUGUGGGCGCAUCUCUGCUGCUGCUCACGGCUGCCCUUUCCUAUGCCGUUGGGUAA